UGGUGCUCUGACAACAGAGCGCUAUAAAUGGCGUUUCAAGCCGGCUGAAAACGUCAUAUGGUCUUUUUGUUUUAGCGUAACAGAUUGUUUCUAAACAAUAAAUCAAGAAGAUGUCUUCCGUCUUGUGGAAACUGCUGUUUCUAGUGGCAGCCACAAAAACAAUAUUGGCCUGUGAGCCUGUGAAUCAGCUUCUCUCUAAAAUCUGCCAAUCAGAUGUAGUUUUCAGGGGAAGACCUAUGUCUGGAGCUUCCGGGAUAUCACAAGACGAGGAGGGUAGAGAGAGUCAUCAUGGACGAGUCACCUUUGAACUGAUAGGACCAUUCUACCGGAACAUGGCGGAAGAGGCACACCUGGUCGCUACGACACUGGAUGUGCACAGGACGUACACAGCCAUGGAUAACUGUGAUCCCGCCUUUCUGCCGUGGGGCAGCGACACUUACCUGGUGUUAGCCUCUUAUGAUCACGUGCUGACUGUACCAGCCUGCGGCCACGUGAUUCCAUUUGAAUGCAUUCCUCAAGAUCUAGUGUUGACAUGUUGAUCUAUUGAGACCACUCAUUGGCUAAUGCUAGGCAAAAUUGUCUAUCUAACCAGAUAAAUAUAAUAAUAUACAAGAUCUAUUUUUUUUGCUUAAUAAUGUUAAUAUACAAUAAAUAGCUCUAAUUAAAUAA